GCACACUGGAUCCUUGAGGGGAGGAACUGACCAUCCAUCAGUUAGCUAAAUUAUUUCCAAGCGUAGCACUCACUGUCACUUUUGUUUUUUCAUAUGUAUGUGUUUUAUUUUACAUGAAACGAGAUGUGGUUUAUUUAUUUACUAAGUUGGCUGUCGUUGGUGAUACAAAUAUCUUUCGUCACACUAGCAAUUGCUGCUGGCCUGUAUUAUUUGGCAGAACUAAUAGAAGAAUACACAGUUGCCACUAGUCGAAUAAUAAAGUACAUGAUACUGUUCUCCACAGGCGUGCUGUCUGGGCUGUACCUGUUUGAAGGCUUCCCAUGGCUGAUGAUGGGCUGUGGUCUCUUCACCAACCUGGUGUACUUUGGCCUCCUGCAGACCUUCCCUUACAUACUGCUGAGCUCACCUAACUUCAUCCUCUCCUGUGUAUUGGUGGUGCUGAACCACUACAUGGCCUUCCAGUACUUUGCAGCAGAGUAUUACCCCUUCUCAGAGGUCCUUGCGUACUUCACCAUCUGUCUGUGGAUUAUCCCCUUCUCGUUCUUCGUGUCACUCUCUGCUGGGGAGAACGUGCUUCCAUCCACCAUGCAGCAAGGAGAUGACGUGGUCUCAAAUUACUUCACCAAGGGCAAGAGGGGCAAGCGGUCCGGAAUCCUGCUCAUCUUCUCAUUCCUCAAGGAGGCGGUGUUGCCUAGUCGACAGAAGAUGUACUGAUGCUCUACCUGGGGGU